AAAAAAAUAAAAAAAAAAAAAAGGAGAAAAAGAAAAGAAACAGGGAUAGAAAGACAGAUAAAGACAGUUUAUAAAGACUUGACACUUCCUAAACGCCAACGACCCGCUGAUACCAACCAACCAACUUUUCAAAGAAUAUAAUUACAAUGAGUGACAAUGAGCGAGGAAACGAUGAUGAAUUGUCUUUGCCAAAAGCAACGGUACAGAAACUCAUCAAUGAAAUGAUGCCCGAUGACAUUGCAUGUGCCAAAGAUACACGCGAUUUGCUGAUCGAAUGUUGCGUUGAAUUUAUCCACUUGCUUGCAUCAGAAUCUAAUGAAAUUUGUGAAAAGGAGACAAAAAAGACUAUUGCAGCAGAACAUGUCAUUGCGGCUCUCAAGGCACUAGGUUUUGAUGGAUACCUCCCAGAAGUUGAGGUGGUUCUGCAGGAUCAUAGAACACAGCAAAAAUCUAAAGAUAAGGAUAAGAAAUCGGGAAGGCUAGAGAACUCUGGCAAGACGGAAGAGGAACUGUUAUUGGAACAGACUAGAUUAUUUGCAGAGGCAAAAUCUAGGCAAUUGACACAGCAACAUUAGUUUAGAACAAUAUCAAAUAAACGAAAUCAAGAACCU